UUACUUGCGUCAGGUUUCACUCUUGCGUUGGUUUUUUGUAAAUUUGACCGAAGUUUACGCAGCCCAUUCACUAAGCAAAUAUAGGUCAAUUUUUAUACUCUCUUCAAUGUUCCAGAGAGUAAAAAUUUAACCAUAAAUUUAACUUAUAACUCAUUUUUAAAUUAUCACAGUUUUUAUUUUUAAUUUUAUUGUCAAUAAAAAUAAUUUUAAAAUUCUUUUAUUUUUUUAUUGUUGCUUUCAAUUUAUUUUAUUUUUUAUUCUAAAAAAAUUUUUGUGAUCAUUUUAGUGUUUUUCAUGGUUGAUAGCAAAAUAUUAAUUGAUAUGCUCGGCGCUAAAGUUCGUGUUGAUUUUGUAAAAGAAGCAAAAUGUCCGCCUGCUUUUGGAAAUUUGUAUACUUGGGAUCCUGAAAGUCAUUCUUUGGUUAUUGCAAGAUUUGAGACUAAAGAUCAAAAAGAACCAUCGGAUAUAAUAUUUAUUCCCGGUACUUCUGUUCAAAAUUUCGAGGUUUUAGAAGAUGAAGAAGAACAAAAUAAUCGAGUAUCAACAACAAAUAAUGAAGAAACAAAAACUUUUAUGGGAAUGAGAAAUACUGGAGAAAUGAAAGCAAAAAUGGAUAAUUUAUUUUUUCCUACAAAGAUUGCUGCAGGAGUUGAUAAUUGUUCGGAACAGAUGCAUUUUGGCGAGUUGGUUAUGAAUGAUGAGGAGAAAUGGGAAAAUGAGCGGACAAUCUCCAAGAAAAUAAAAAUAUUCGAAGACUUCGUUCAGGGCAAAAAGAAGCGGUUGAUCGAUGCAUUGAACAGGAAUGGAAUCGAAUUCAGAGAGGAAGGAGGAGAAGAAGAAAUGACAGAAAAAGGGGACAAAAAUGGAGACGAAAAUUGGUUAACAAAAAAUUCAAAAACAAAAAGAAGAAAAGGAACAAUAAUUGUCGGUAGUGGUGUUGAUUGUGUUACGAUUUUGCCGCCGUAUGAAAAGGGAAACUUGAUUGGAAAUUCAAUUGUUGUUAAGCGUUUGGUGUUGGCAGUCGCAGCGGAUAGGGUUUUUGAUGAUCCGGCUCAAAAAGAUCAUUUUGUUGGGAAUUGA